GGGCGUGCGGGCGUGCGUGGGGGUCCCGGCCCGUGGAGGGGGGUCUCCUGAGGGGAGCGCCGGCCCGGGGCGCGCGGGGCGGGGGUCCCGGGCUCCCUCCUCGCAGCCCGGCCCGGCCGUGCGCGCCGACUCCGCCGCCCGGAACGCGGCUUUGUCCUCCCUGGGCCGCCGCCGAACUGGGCCGGGCCGGCCGCGGCGUUCCGGGGGCGCUGAGUCUCGGGGACCCCGCCCCGCCCAGAGGCGGCAGGUGCCGAGCCGCUGGCUGCCGCCGCGAGCCCGACGCGCUCUCGGCCCUUUGUGUGUGUGUGUGUGUGGUGUGUGUGUGUGUGUGUGUGUGUGUGUGCGCGCGCCGCGAGGCUGCUCUCGGGGUUCCAGUGUGGCGAGUGUGACCUUUUUGUUCGUUGUUAGGUCGGGCGUGGCUGAGUCGGGGGCCGAGGCCGUCUGCGGCCGUUGGGUACAAUGUAUAGUUUGAGCCGGGGCUUCAGGGCGUCGGAGACAAUGUGUGCCUUGGCGGGGGUGAGGAGACGGCUGGGGAGAUGAGGGCCUCCCGGGAGGAGCCCGGAGCGGGCGGUCGAGCCCAGCUACCUGCGGGCCCAUCCCCUGUCACUUAACCUUGCACAGGACACCGCUGCCUGCGCGCUCGGGCCGGAGCGGCGCCGGGGGCUGGGAGGCGUUUGUGCUGUCCGGGCGGGGCUGCCGGGGGUCCAGGCUCUCGCUGCUCCUCGGGUGCUGUAGCGCACGCGAGUGGACCCCCUCUGUCCCUUUGCCCCUGGUUUGGUGUCAGUUGGUCAGUUGUGGGUUAGUUUUUUUCACUGGUGUUGAUCUUUGAAAAAAGAAAUGUUUUCGUUUGGGUGAAAAUGCAUUAGAGUGAACGUCACCCCUUUACAAAUUUCACUUAGGCCUCCAUUUCUGGAGAUAAUUGAAAAAUGGAUAUAUUGAUGCUUAAUAUAGUAUUGAGCACAUCUAAAGCAAAAGCAUGAGGAGACAUUGCUCAAUUUUAGUUUAAAAUUGAUAGUGAUAACAAGAUUCAUUGAAUCAAACCUAUUAGAUUUUGGGGGCUGGAGCGAUAGCACAGCGGGUAGGGCGUUUGCCUUGCACGCGGCCGACCCGGGUUCGAAUCCCAGCAUCCCAUAUGGUCCCCUGAGCACCGCCAGGAGUGAUUCCUGAGUGCAGAGCCAGGAGUAACCCCUGUGCAUCGCCGGGUGUGACCCAAAAAGCAAAAAAAAAAAAACAAACCAAAAAACAAAAAAAAACCUAUUAGAUUUUUAGGUAGGAAGUUUGCCAAAGAAAGGUUUCUGUGACAUGUUUUUUUACAGUACACUUACAUAUACCUAUAUUUUGACUCCUUCCUCCCCAUGAUCUGGGACUUAAGUAGGGGAAAAAAAGGUGAUAAUACAGAAAAUGAUAGUAAUUAAAGUGUGUAAUAAUGACAUUAGUUUUCUGUGGUGACAAGAUCUUGUGAGAAUAUAGGGCUUGAAACAGGUUAUCUGAAUUUUACAUUUAACUGCUCACUAUUAGGUUUUUGACUUUGUUGAUUACCUCUGAGUUUCAGAUUUCUCUCAGGUGUUACUGUGAAGUGUGGGAUAGGCUUCAUGUGACUUGCAUUACUUAAGGUCAUUUUGAAAUUCUUUGCAUUUUACUAUCUACAGAUGAUUGAUUUGUAUACUUAGUUUACAUACCUAUAUACCCCAAGUUGUUUAAAAAUAUCUUCAGCAAAAAUGGGUCACGGAGGAUAGUUAAAGAACUUUUGUGAUACGCAACUCUUAGUUGUCAGGGUCCUAAAUGUACUUGUUUCUAUUUUUUAGGUAGGUGUUUUUUAGUUAGGUGUUAUUUGUUGAUAUAAUUCAGUUCCCAGAAAGAAUGCUAAGACUUUAAAUUUUAUACUGAGAGUGUAAUUUUUUUCAUUUUAUAGAAGUGUGUGGACACACUAUGAUGAGACCAUGUUUGUUAUUCCUGAUACUGUUGCCCUGUUGUAAAUGUUACUCAUAAUAUUCACAUACUAAAAAUUAAACUUGUUUCAUUCCUUGUGUGUUAUAUAAAUCAUUCUGAGUAAUUCUACUCGAAACCUAAAAUCACUUUCAUAAGUAAAAAUUCCAGAAUUAAGUACAAUUCCAGAAUUGUAUUUGUAUGUUUUAUCUCUGUUCUUUCUUUCCUACGUCCCACAGAUUCUUGGUAACAGCUGGCCCAGGUUUCUGCAGGUACUCCAUUUAUGCCAUUACAUGAGGAGUGAACUACAAAAAUUAAAAACAGUUGAGUUUAUACUUUAAAUAGAGGAACUGUUAUUAUUUAGUCACUCAGCCUUCCUUAAAGAUUCCCAUGUCUCAAUGGACUCCUGAAUACAACAAGCUCUAUGCCUUAAGAGUGGAUAUGAAGCGUGAGAUUCCUUCUGAUGCCCCAGAGACACAGGAGCAUUUGAAAGGAAUCCUUUUGCAUUCAGAACCCAUUGGGGCAACCAAAAGUUUUCCUGCAGAAGUUGAGAUGAUUAAUAGUAAAGUGGGGAAUGAAUUUUCUCAUUUGUGUGAUGAUCCUCAAAAACAAGAAAAGGACAUGAAUGGGAACCAACAAGAGCAAGAAAAAAGUGUUGUGAGGAAAAAACGCAAAAGCCAGCAGGCUGGCCCUUCAUAUGUGCAAAGUUGUGUGAAAGAAAACCAGGGAAUUUUAGGAUUGAGACAACAUCCAGAAACACCGAGUGAAGAAGAGAAUGACUCCUCGUUUAGUGAUUGUUUCUCCUCUCCUUCAUCUAGUUUGCAUUUUGGAGAUUCGGAUACUGUGACCUCAGAGGAGGAUAAAGAAGUCUCUGUAAGACAUUCCCAGGCAAUUUUGAGUGCUAAAAGUAGAACUCAUAGUGCUCGGUCUCAAAAGUGGCCUCGGAAUGAGACAGAAUCAGUUUCGGGAUUACUGCUGAAAAGACCCUGUUUUCAUAGCAAUUCAUUACGGAGACUUCCAUGCAGAAAGAGAUUUGUAAAAAACAAUUCCUCACAGAGGACACAAAAACAGAAGGAGAGGAUAUUGAUGCAGAGGAAGAAACGAGAAGCGUUAGCCCGGAGAAAAUAUGCACUGCUCCCCAGUUCCAGUAGCUCCAGUGAGAACGAUCUUAGCAGUGACUCCUCCUCCAGCUCCUCAACUGAAGGAGAGGAAGAUUUGUUUGUUUCUACCAGUGACAGCCACCAAAACAAUCCAGCUGUUCCCUCAGGAAGUAUUGAUGAAGACGUCGUGGUGAUAGAAGCUUCCUCCACACCUCAAGUCACUGCUAAUGAAGAAAUUAAUGUUACCUCAACAGACAGUGAAGUGGAGAUUGUAACAGUUGGAGAGAGCUUUCGAUCUCGAUCAACCCUUGGACACUCCAGAUCACAUUGGAGCCAAGGUUCUAGUUCUCAUACAAGUCGGCCACAGGAGCCACGGAAUCGCAGUAGAAUAUCUACUGUUAUACAGCCCCUGCGGCAGAAUGCAGCAGAAGUUGUGGACCUUACUGUGGAUGAAGAUGAACCUACUGUAGUACCAACCACUUCUGCGAGAAUGGAAUCACAGGACACAAGCGCUUCUGUUAACAGUGCAAAUCCAUCUACCUCUGAGCAGGCCUCUGACCCUGCAUCAGCUGUAACUAAUAGCCAGCCCUCUGCAGUGUCAGAGACUUCAGCUACUCUUCCAAGCAAUAGUAUGACUGGUACUUCUAUAGGAGAUGACUCGAGGAGAACUGCAUCUAGUGCUGUGAUGGAAGCCGGUCCCCCUGCCAUGCCAAGGUUACCUGCCUGCUGUCCCCAGCACUCGCCGUGCGGAGGGUCCUCCCAGAAUCACCAUGCUCUUGGACACCCACACACGAGCUGUUUCCAGCAGCACAGCCACCACUUUCAACACCACCACCACCACCACCACACACCCCACCCUGCUGUUCCAGUUUCUCCCUCCUUCACUGAGCCCGCAUGCCCUGUGGAAAGACCUCCACAAGUACCGGCACCAUGUGGGGGAAGUGCCAGUUCUGGCACCAGCUACCAUGACCAGACAUUGCCAGUAGACCUGAGCAACAGUGCUGUCAGAAGUCAUGGCAGUGGUAGUUUCCAUGGAGCAUCUGCAUUUGAUCCCUGCUGCCCUGUUUCCUCUUCUCGAGCUGCAAUCUUUGGCCAUCAGGCUGCUGCUGCUGCCCCAAGUCAGCCAUUAUCAUUAGAUGGUUAUGGAUCCAGCAUGGUUGCACAACCCCAGCCCCAGCCUCCGCCACAAGCCUCACUCUCCUCCUGUCGGCAUUACAUGCCACCUCCUUAUGCUUCUUUAACAAGACCUCUUCAUCAUCAAGCCUCUGCCUGUCCCCACGCUCAUGGGAACCCUCCUCCUCAGACUCAGCCUGCACCUCAAGUGGAUUAUGUUAUUCCUCAUCCUGUACAUGCUUUCCACUCUCAGAUAUCUUCCCAUGCAACAUCUCACCCUGUGGCACCUCCACCCCCAACUCACUUAGCCAGUACUACUGCUCCAAUUCCCCAACACCUUCCUCCUCCACACCAGCCGAUUUCCCACCAUAUUCCAGCCACGGCACCUCCAGCUCAAAGACUGCACCCUCAUGAAAUGAUGCAGAGGAUGGAAGUUCAAAGGAGGAGAAUGAUGCAGCACCCAACUGGUCUUUUUGUGUUCUGUGUUUCCAGGCGGGCACAUGAACGCCCCCCACCUCACCCACAUAGGAUGCAUCCCAACUAUGGUCACGGGCAUCAUAUUCAUGUGCCUCAGACUAUGUCCUCACAUCCUCGGCAGGCUCCGGAGAGAUCUGCUUGGGAACUGGGAAUUGAAGCUGGAGUGACUGCAGCCUCUUACACACCUGGUGCAUUGCAUCCUCAUUUAGCUCAUUACCAUGCGCCACCGCGACUUCAUCAUUUGCAGUUAGGAGCUCUUCCUUUGAUGGUUCCUGAUAUGGCAGGCUAUCCUCACAUCCGAUAUAUUUCAUCAGGAUUGGAUGGAACAUCAUUCAGAGGUCCAUUCAGGGGCAAUUUUGAGGAACUGAUUCAUUUAGAAGAAAGAUUAGGAAAUGUGAACCGUGGAGCAUCCCAGGGGACAAUUGAAAGAUGUACAUACCCACACAAAUACAAAAAGGUAACAACUGAUUGGUUCUCACAGAGGAAACUGCACUGCAAACAAGAUGGGGAAGAAGGGACUGAGGAAGACACAGAGGAAAAAUGUACUAUCUGUUUGUCUAUUUUAGAGGAAGGUGAAGAUGUGAGACGCCUUCCCUGUAUGCACCUUUUCCACCAAGUGUGUGUUGACCAGUGGUUGAUCACCAAUAAGAAGUGCCCCAUAUGUAGAGUGGACAUUGAGGCCCAGCUGCCCAGUGAAAGUUGACACCGUGUUUCAGAACUCUUUCCCUCCCUCUCACUCCCAUCCUCCUGGUACUGCAGUCAACCAAAGAUGGCAUGACUUACCUGCGCAGAUUUGGAAGCCUGGAACUUAGAGUGCUGGCUCUGCUAUAUGGUACAACUAAUGCUAGAUCUACAGUUUAUGUAUACAGUUGAUUUUGAUGUAUUUAUAAAAGCUUUUUUUUCUAGAUUUGACAUUUUUCCUGUAUCAUUUUACUGUAUUUUUGCAUGGUUCCUUGUAUUGCAUUUCUUUGCACAUAUUAUGGGCUUGUGACCCUAAACUUGCAGGCAAGAUUAGCUGCUUUAGUAAGUAGAAUUUUGUGGUCUUUUUGUUUUUUUACAUAGUAUUGGGACUUGAGAAUUAUGAAUUUUUUUAUCCAUUACUAACCUUUAAUUUAAUCAAUCAUGUGCUUUAGUUUAAUGUAUAAAGAUCCUCUAGAAAAUGAUAAUAUUGUGUAUUAAGACAUUCCUUAAUUAGGACAAAAUGGCUGCUGUAUAAUUACAAUAUGGAUUUCUUGAGUUAAUACCAUCCUUAAUGCUGGGAACAGAAUACAAACCAUAUUCAAUCAGAUGCAGGUGGUAUUCCUAUCACCAGAGUGAUCACUAGAAAAUUUCUUGGUGUAUCCUUUUCCUUUGGUUACAGUGCAGAUAGAGUUGAGUAUUGAUAUCAUUCAUUGAGACUGCUGUUCUGAUUGUAUUUAUCUUUUUUCCCCUACAUUGUUUAGAACUUUAUUUCCCUGACUCAAUUUUUGCUGCUGUGAAACAGCUCUGAUGAACACUAAUAUUAAUUUCAAUUAGCUCGAUUGUACAUAAUUGCAGAUUUAACAAAAUUUUAGGGAAAUUGAAGAAGACAUGUAGAAUUUGUUCAGUCUUUUAAGUACGUACAAUAAAGAUAUCUGCUUACAUUAAUUUUGUCAGCACAUUCAGUCGAGAUUUAGAAUUGCAAUCAAUCAUUGGCAGGUAUCUGCAUUCAUAGAACUUCUAAAUGUCCCAGGAUUGUUUUAAGGGAUUUUUAUUAGUUUAAAGAUAAAUAAAGUCAGCUGAACCUACAUGUCUCUUGUUUUAUUUCUCUUUAAACUUGAAAACAGUAAAUCUGCAGAUACUGUGAGGCACAAAUUAUACUGUUAACCUACUGUUGCUCUGGCUUAGACCCCCAUUUCAUAGAUUACCAAGAGUCGAUCACUGAUUUAAAUUUUAAUUUCUAUAGUUAAGAUUUACUGCAUAAUAUAGAGUAUAAAGUUAAGUUAAUGUACUAACAUUUCUCCUUUGGAGAAAGUUUUAAUCCACUUCAGGAUGCAUAUUACCAGAUACUUUCAUAUACAGGAUAGCCUAAUUUUAUGUCUAAUGUGCUUAUACUAUGCCCAGAUUGCAGUUGCAUCCAGUCAGUGACAUCACUGUCUGUAUGUGGAAGACAUGUUCCCAUGGGUCAUAUGUGAAGAUGUCAAUAAGCUUGCAUUAAGCCACCUGCUUUGUAAGUGGACUGAUGAAUAAAUAACUUAUAUUUCUAUUGUC